GACGCGCAAGGCACUCGACUACUGAACUUUCAAGCCGAAAACAACCGGAGGAUGGAUAAAAAAGGCAUGUUCACGAAGUUUAAAUGUUCUUGCCACUGAAAACUUGAAAACCAGUAAUGGAUGCAGUGCAUGCUGAAUUAUUGCAGUGGACCUCAGACAGAGCGCGACAGUAACCAAAUAACUUCGAAUGUGGAUUAUUGUUCAGACGCCGCUCGGACUUUAACGUUACUCAUGUGUUUACCAAUGCAGUUCUCUGCACUGGACGCUAACUUCAGUCAUGGAUGUGCCGCUGUGAUUUGGAGAGGAUGGACAAAGAGAAGAUCUCAGUCACUCACUAUAUAAAAUAAUACAAUCUUUUUAUACAAUUGGACAAAAUCUCAUUUGAUGUUGAACGGGAUUUUGAUUUUUCAAGGAAUAAUGUGGAAACUUUGCCCAUUUACACGUCACCCGGCUCUUCUAGUUUACAUGGUCUUGGAAAUGUUUAUUCACAGCGUCAAUGGUCUUAAUGUUUGCAUGAGCGGCAGCGCCUCAUCUUGUGAAGAAUGUUUCCUCAUUCACCCGAGCUGCGCCUGGUGCGCGCAAGAGGACUUUGGACAGGCCAGAACUCUCACCUCACGAUGUGACUUUAGCCAGAACUUACUGAAAAGAGGAUGUGAUGCUCCUUUUAUAGAGAAUCCCAGGAGUGGCAGCUCUCUGUUGCUGAGCAAACCCCUGAGCUCCAAAGGUUCUGGGGUGACCCAGUAUGAUGUUAUCCAGAUAUACCCACAGAAGAUCUCUCUCAGCUUAAGGCCUGGUGACCAGAUUUCCUUUGAGGUACAAGUGCGCCCUGUGGAAGACUACCCUGUUGAUUUGUACUACCUGAUGGACCUCUCACUCUCAAUGAAGGACGAUCUGGACACAAUCCGCAACCUGGGCACCAAACUGGCUGAGGAAAUGAGGAAGCUAACUAGUAACUUCCGCCUUGGUUUUGGUUCCUUUGUGGAUAAGAAUAUCUCACCCUUCUCCUACACAGCCCCCAAGUACCAGGACAACCCAUGCAAUGGAUAUAAGUUGUUCCCAAACUGUGUCCCCACAUUUGGCUUUCGUCACCUCUUGUCUCUUACGGACAAGGUUGAUCGUUUCAACGAGGAAGUGCAGAAGCAGAUGGUCUCCCGUAACAGGGAUGCACCAGAGGGGGGGUUUGAUGCCAUUCUGCAGGCUGCAGUUUGCAAGGAGAGGAUUGGCUGGAGGAAAGAAGCUUAUCAUCUCCUGGUGUUUGCCACCGAUGACGUCCCCCACUUGGCUUUGGACGGCAAGCUCGGUGGACUAGUGCAUCCUCACGAUGGACAGUGUCACCUGAACGACAAGAAUGAGUACAGCGCUUCAACAAAGAUGGACUACCCUUCACUCGCUCUACUUGGAGAGAAACUGGCUGAAAACAAUAUUUUCCUCAUCUUUGCAGUGACCAAAAGACACUAUGUUCUUUACAAGAAUCUCACUGCGUUGAUCCCUGGGACUACAGUGGAAAUUUUGGACCAAGACUCCAAAAACAUUAUUCAGCUAAUUGUGAACGCAUACAAUAACAUCAGGUCAAAAGUUGAGCUGAGCGUGUGGGAUCAUCCUGAAGAUCUCAGUCUGUCCUUCACCGCCACCUGCCAAGACGGCCAGCCCCUGACCGGCCUCCGCAAGUGUGCUGACCUCAAAAUUGGUGACACUGUUUCCUUCAACCUAACUGUAGACGCUAGAGGCUGUCCUCCGAAAGGUACCAAGAAAAGUUUCUCCAUCAGGCCUGUUGGUUUUAAAGACCGCCUGGAGGUCUCUGUGGACUACCGCUGUGAUUGCAGCUGCACAUAUCACACGGAUCCCAACAGUAGCCGCUGCAACUCGGCCGGCUCCUACAGCUGUGGGAUGUGCCGUUGUGAGCCCGGCUACUUGGGUGCCCGCUGUGAGUGCCAGGAGGGUGAGGUCGACUACCAGCACCUCAGUGCCUGCCGUGAGGCUGAGGGCAAGCAGGUGUGCAGCGGCCGCGGAGAAUGCAGCUGUAACCAGUGCCUUUGCUACGAGUCUGAGUUUGGCAAAAUCUACGGCACCUUCUGCGAGUGUGAUGACUUUUCCUGUGCCCGACACAAAGGCACACUGUGCUCAGGUCAUGGAGAAUGCCACUGCGGUGAGUGUAAAUGCCAUGCUGGUUACAUUGGAGACAACUGUAAUUGCUCUACAGAGACGGCUUCCUGUCUGUCAGACGACGGGAAGAUCUGUAGCGGGCGGGGCAGCUGUGUGUGUGGGCGGUGCCAGUGCGCUGAGCCAGGGGCAUUUGGGGAUACCUGCGAAAAAUGUCCCACCUGUCCAGAUGCCUGUGGAACAAAGAGGGAAUGCAUCGAGUGUCAUCUUUUUAACACGGGGAGACUGGCCGACAACCAGACCUGUCAGCGCAUGUGCAAGGAUGAGAUCAUGACCGUCGAAACCCUUAAAACAGAUGUUCCCAACACCGUUCAAUGCGUCUAUAAGACCGAGAAUGACUGUGUGAUGAAGUUCACUUAUUCCGAACAUGCCAACGGCCAAUCGGUCCUCACCGCUCUUAAAGAGCCAGAAUGUGCCGUUGCCCCAAAUGCCAUGACUGUGCUUCUGGCAGUUGUUGGCAGUAUCUUGUUGAUGGGCAUCGUGCUGCUAGCCCUCUGGAAACUAGCCAUUACCAUCCACGACCGCCGCGAGUUUGCACGCUUUCAAAAUGCACGUUCAAGGGCCCGUUAUGAGAUGGCAUCUAAUCCGGUUUAUAAACAGUCCAUCCCAUCUCACCCAAUGGAGACAGUUUUCCAUAUGCACAGUUCCAAGUCAUGCAACGGAGGAGUCCACUGAUCAACCUGCAUUUGGACUGGGGGACAUGGCAGGACCUGUCCAGCACGCCUCUGCUCUACAGUGGAGGACAGAGACAACAAAUUGAAUGGUCUUUUGCAAUGCAAACUUUUUUUUUUUUUGAGAAUUAGAACUGAUCUUUAUGCGGUUGGAUAAUGAACGUUCAUUGGUGAGCAGCAGUUGGACACAUGCUGAAUAUGAGAAGAGGAUUGGCUUGUCUAAUUCUCCGGAAACCUUCAUGAGCAAUGGACGUUGACCUGCCAUGGGCCGCUUUGAAUAUAACUCCUAAUUUUCUCUAGUUCUAACCACACCUCCUGCUCUUUAUGAUGAAUUUGCUGUGCAAUGUUUUAUAGGCAAAGAGACAUUUUUUUUCCCAAGUGUAUAUAUUUAACAGUGUGCCUUUCCCAGCCGUUACAUAUUUUUACAUGAAUUAAAUUUAUUUAGCACCGUAGAGUGUGCAUAGAACGCAACAAAAGGCUAAAUUACACAUCAACUCUUUAAUGAAGAAAUGGGUACUAACAUAACCAGAGCAAUAAUUCUCUUAACUUGUUUUGCACAUUGUAUAUUAGGUUAAGGUUUUAUCAAGUAAAGAAAGUAAUGCCACUCUACAAUACUAUAAUUUGGUGUAUUGCCACAGGUUGCACAUUUUCAUAGUGAUUUUCAACUGUACAUUGUGAUGCAAUAACACUGCCUGCUGAUAAUUCAAGAGUGUUUUGUUUCUUUUUGGAACGAUUACAUUUAGUAGCUCAGCACUCACCCCAUCAGGACCUGGACCAAGUAUAAAAUUAGACACUGUACACCUAUUUGCCAGUAAGAACUUAUUAGAUUGACCCCAUAUCAAUAGUCAUGUUUGUGUCUACUUAAUAAAGGCACAAAAAGGGCA